AUGUGGCAGAGCAGUAGAGAGCUGUGGACAAUUCUGCUUGGAAGGUCAGCGCUGAGAGAACUGAAUCAGAUUGAAGCAGAACUGAAUAAACACUGGCAGCGGUUAUUAGAGGGGCUUUCUUACUAUAAACCUCCCAGUCCACAUUCAGCUGAAAAAGUGAAAGCUAAUAAAGAGGUGGCUUCCCCGCUGAAGGAGCUGGGUUUGAGAGUCAGCAAGUUCUUGGGUCUUGAUGAAGAACAGAGUGUGCAGUUGCUCCAGUGCUACCUCCAGGAGGAUUACAGAGGCACCCGGGACUCACUGAAGACAGUGCUGCAGGAUGAGAGGCAGAGCCAGGCCUUGGUCCUGAAGAUUGCAGAUUAUUAUUACGAAGAAAGGACUUGUAUUCUUCGUUGUGUGUUGCACCUUCUCACUUACUUCCAAGAUGAAAGACAUCCCUAUAGGGCUGAAUAUGCAGACUGUGUUGACAAAUUAGAGAAGGAACUAGUCACAAAAUAUAGACAGCAGUUUGAAGAGCUCUAUAAGACAGAAGCGCCAACAUGGGAGACACAUGGAAACCUCAUGACUGAACGCCAGGUGUCUCGCUGGUUUGUUCAGUGCCUUCGGGAACAGUCUAUGCUGCUAGAAAUUAUUUUUCUUUACUAUGCCUACUUUGAGAUGGCACCAAGUGAUCUCUUGGUACUAACCAAGAUGUUUAAAGAACAAGGAUUUGGUAGCAGGCAGACCAACAGGCACCUGGUGGACGAGACUAUGGAUCCUUUUGUGGAUCGAAUUGGCUACUUCAGUGCCCUCAUCCUGGUGGAAGGGAUGGACAUUGAGUCCCUGCACAAGUGCGCUCUGGACGACAGGAGAGAACUGCAUCAGUUUGCCCAGGACGGGCUUAUUUGCCAGGAUAUGGACCGCUGGAUGCUGACCUUCGGGGACAUUCCACAUCAUGCCCCAGUGCUCUUGGCCUGGGCUCUUCUCCGUCACACCUUGAGUCCAGAAGAGACGAGCAGCGUUGUGCGGAAAAUCGGCGGCACGGCCAUCCAGCUGAACGUGUUUCAGUACUUGACCCGCCUGCUCCGCUCACUGGCCAGUGGGGGAAACGACUGCACCACCAGCACGGCCUGCAUGUGCGUCUACGGGCUGCUGUCGUUCGUCCUCACCUCCCUGGAGCUGCACACCCUGGGAGACCAGCAGGAUGUAAUUGACACAGCAUGUGAGGUCCUAGCAGACCCUUCACUUCCGGAACUAUUCUGGGGAACAGAGCCGACCUCCGGUCUUGGGAUCAUUUUGGACAGUGUGUGUGGAAUGUUCCCUCAUCUCCUCUCCCCACUCCUGCAGUUGCUACGAGCCCUUGUGUCAGGGAAGUCUACCGCCAAAAAGGUGUACAGUUUCUUGGAUAAGAUGUCUUUCUACAAUGAACUGUACAAGCACAAGCCGCAGGACGUGCUCUCCCAUGAAGAUGGAACUCUCUGGCGGAGACAGGCACCCAAACUCCUGUACCCUCUCGGGGGUCAGACCAACCUUCGCAUACCUCAGGGCACCGUGGGCCAAGUCAUGCUGGACGACCGGGCGUACCUCGUGCGCUGGGAGUACUCCUACAGCAGCUGGACCCUCUUCACCUGCGAGAUCGAAAUGCUGCUGCAUGUGGUUUCCACUGCAGAUGUGAUUCAGCACUGCCAGCGGGUCAAGCCCAUCAUCGAUCUGGUCCAUAAGGUCAUCAGUACAGACCUGUCCAUAGCGGACUGCCUGCUGCCCGUCACGUCCCGCAUCUACAUGCUGCUGCAGCGGUUAACAACAGUGAUCUCCCCGCCUGUGGACGUCAUUGCUUCUUGUGUCAACUGCUUGACGGUCCUGGCUGCCCGGAACCCAGCAAAGGUCUGGACUGAUCUUCGCCACACCGGCUUUUUACCAUUUGUGGUCCACCAGGUCUCCAACCUGAGUCAGAUGCUCAGUGCGGAGGGGAUGAAUGCCGGCGGGUACGGAAGCCUCCUGAUGAGCAGUGAGCAGCCCCAGGGCGAGUACGGGGUCACCGUGGCCUUCCUGCGCUUGGUCACCACUCUCGUCAAGGGGCAGCUUGGUAGUACCCAGAGCCAAGGCCUGGUGCCCUGUGUCAUGUUCGUGCUGAAGGAGAUGCUCCCCAGCUACCACAAGUGGCGCUACAACUCCCACGGCGUGAGGGAGCAGAUUGGUUGCCUGAUCCUGGAGCUGAUUCAUGCGAUACUGAACCUGUGCCACGAGACGGACCUGCACAGCAGCCACGCUCCCAGCCUGCAGUCUCUCUGCAUCUGCAGCCUGGCCUACACAGAAGCAGGGCAGACCGUCAUCAACAUCAUGGGUGUCGGCGUGGACACCAUCGACAUGGUGAUGGCUGCUCAGCCCCGGAGCGAUGGGGCAGAGGGCCAGGGACAGGGCCAGCUGCUGAUCAGGACAGUGAAACUGGCCUUCUCCGUCACCAACAACGUUAUCCGGCUAAAGCCUCCUUCCAACGUGGUGUCCCCCCUGGAGCAGGCUCUCACACAGCACGGUGCCCACGGGAACAACCUGAUCGCUGUUCUUGCCAAGUACAUCUACCACAAACACGACCCUGCGCUGCCACGUCUUGCCAUCCAGCUGCUGAAGCGCCUGGCCACGGUGGCUCCGAUGUCCGUGUACGCGUGCCUGGGCAGCGACGCCGCCGCCAUCCGCGACGCCUUCCUGACCCGCCUGCAGAGCAAGAUCGAGGACAUGCGCAUCAAAGUCAUGAUUCUGGAAUUCCUCACGGUCGCCGUGGAGACGCAGCCGGGCCUCAUUGAACUGUUUCUGAAUCUGGAGGUGAAGGACGGCAGCGACGGCUCCAAGGAGUUCAGCCUCGGCGUGUGGAGCUGUCUCCACGUUGUGCUGGAGCUGAUCGAUUCCCAGCAGCAGGACCGCUACUGGUGCCCGCCUCUGCUGCAUCGCGCGGCCAUCGCCUUCCUGCACGCCCUGUGGCAGGACCGUCGGGACAGUGCCAUGCUGGUCCUCCGAACCAAACCCAAGUUUUGGGAGAACUUAACCAGUCCACUGUUCGGAACCCUUUCUCCUCCUUCAGAAACAUCUGAGCCCAGCAUCCUGGAAACCUGUGCCCUAAUCAUGAAGAUAAUUUGCUUGGAGAUAUACUAUGUAGUUAAGGGCUCGUUGGACCAGUCACUGAAAGACACGCUCAAGAAGUUUUCCAGCGAGAAGCGCUUUGCCUACUGGUCAGGGUAUGUCAAGUCCUUGGCGGUUCACAUGGCCGACACAGAGGGCAGCAGCUGCACCCCCCUGCUAGAGUACCAGAUGCUGGUCUCUGCCUGGAGGAUGCUCCUCAUCAUCGCCACCAGCCACGCAGAGAUAACGCACUUGACCGACUCUGCAGUGCGUCACCAGCUCUUUGUCGAUGUGCUCGAUGGGACCAAAGCGUUACUCGUGGUCCCCGGCUCGGUGAACUGUCUGCGCCUUGGCUCCAUGAUGUGCACGCUGCUGCUUAUCCUCCUCCGACAGUGGAAGCGAGAGUUGGGGCCUGUGGACGAAGUCCUUGGACCCUUGACGGAGAUCCUGGAGGGAGUCCUGCAGGCUGACCAGCACCUCAUGGAGAAGACCAAGGCCAAGGUGUUCUCGGCGUUCAUCACAGUGCUGCAGAUGAAGGAGAUGAGAGUGAGCGACAUCCCCCAGUACUCCCAGCUCGUGCUGAACGUCUGCGAGACCCUCCAGGAGGAGGUGAUUGCACUCUUUGACCAGACCCGCCAUAGCCUGGCGUCAGGCAGCGCUCCGGAGGACAAGGACAGCAUGGACACUGAUGACUGCUCAAGGCCUCGGCAGAAGGACCAGCGAGAUGGGGUGUGUGUCCUGGGUCUCCAUCUGGCCAAGGAGCUGUGCGAGGUAGACGAGGACGGUGACUCGUGGCUGCAGGUGACCCGCAGGCUCCCCAUCCUGCCGACCCUCCUCACCACCCUGGAGGUGAGCCUUCGCAUGCGGCAGAACCUGCACUUCACCGAGGCCUCGCUGCACCUGCUCCUCACCCUUGCUCGCACUCAGCAGGGAGCCGCAGCCGUGGCGGGAGCCGGUAUCACCCAGAGCAUUUGUCUGCCCCUGCUCAGCGUGUACCAGCUCAGCACCAACGGCGCGGUGCAGACACCUAGUGCCUCUCGGAAGUCCCUGGAUGCCCCCUCCUGGCCAGGGGUCUACCGCCUGUCCAUGUCUCUGAUGGAGCGGCUCCUCAAGACUCUGCGUUACAACUUCCUGACUGAGGCCCUGGACUUUGUGGGGGUUCACCAGGAGCGGACCUUACAGUGCCUCAGCGCGGUGAGGACAGUGCAGAGCCUGGCCUGCCUGGAGGAGGCGGACCACACGGUGGGCUUCCUCCUGCAGCUGUCCAACUUCAGGAAGGAGUGGCACUUCCACCUGCCGCAGCUCCUGCGGGACGUCCAGGUGAACCUGGGCUACCUGUGCCAGGCCUGCACCUCCCUCCUGCACAGCCGCAAAAUGCUGCAGCACUACUUGCAGAACAAAAAUGGGGAUGGCAUCCCCUCAACUGUCGCCCCCCGAGUUCAGCGGCCACCCGCAGCUGCCCCUGCUGCCCCCUCCACUUCCUCCAAGCAGCCCGCUGCCGACACAGAGGCCGCAGAGCAGAGGGCCCUGCACGCGGUCCAGUACGGCCUUCUCAAGAUCCUCAGCAGGACCCUGGCGGCCCUGCGCCACUUCACCCCGGACGUCUGCCAGAUCCUGCUGGAUCAGUCCCUGGACCUUGCCGAGUACAACUUCCUGUUUGCCCUGAGCUUUACCACUCCCACCUUUGACUCCGAAGUGGCCCCCUCCUUUGGGACCCUUCUGGCCACAGUGAACGUGGCCCUGAACAUGCUUGGAGAGCUGGACAAGAAAAAGGAGCCUCUCACCCAGGCUGUGGGGCUCAGCACACAGGCAGAAGGGACCAGAACACUGAAGUCUCUCCUGAUGUUCACCAUGGAGAACUGCUUCUACCUGCUCAUCUCCCAGGCGAUGCGCUACCUGAGGGACCCGGCCGUGCACCCCCGGGACAAGCAGCGCAUGAAGCAGGAGCUCAGCUCGGAGCUGAGCACGCUGCUCUCCAGCCUCUCGCGCUACUUCCGCCGGGGAGCGCCCAGCUCCCCUGCCGCGGGCGUCCUCCCCUCGCCGCAGGGCAAGUCCUCCCUGUCCAAGGCCAGCCCCGAGAGCCAGGAGCCUCUGAUCCAGCUGGUGCAGGCCUUUGUGCGUCACGUGCAGAGAUAGGGCAGGGGCUGCCGCCCGCCGCCCUCCACCAGCCUGUGCAGCAGCCCCGGGCAGUGGGGGUGCUGCUGGCCUGCACCCCACCCGGGACGAGAGCACUCUCCCGUGUAGCGUGACUCCGACCGCCGCCCACUGGCGUUAUUUUUGUAAUAGAUCAAGAGGUCAGCAGCAGGGCCGGGCAGGCUGGCUGCACGCAUGUGCUUAGGGUGCCCCGAGAGGGGCCUGCUGCCUUCAGCCCCCCCAGGCUUGAUUGGCCUGGGCGUGGGGAGCCAGCGUCACGUCCGGGGCAGGAGUCUUGCACGGGUUUGAAACUGUUUUCCAUGCUCUGUUCUUGCAGUUUUUUGGUAAUACUGUGGUCUAUUUAUACAAAUAUUAAAGUACCG